GCCGGUCUUUUCAGUUCACGUGAAGAGAGAUACGGGUAUAACAAUGUAUGUUCACGUGCUAGCAGGCUGCCGGUCUUUUCAGUUCACUUAAAACAUCUUGUGUUUUUUGGAAGCGGAACGAGUGGUGCCUCCGUGAGACAGCGCAUCUCCCCCUAUCAUCACGAUAUUUUCUUAGCUUACAGUUCUUGUGGACCAUUGCUGCUCAACGGCCAUGUCUUUGCCUAUGUGUAGACUUCAACCUCAUUUCGCGUUGUAUGUACAACACAGAAGAAGCUUAAUUAGAAACCGUGACAAAAGAUUGCAUCUUUUUCCCAAAUCGGAUACCCACUUAUUGUUUUCGAAGUUUCCUUCCAAGAAGAGUUAUGGGUAUGUUUAUACGGCAACAUCUGCUUCAGUUAAUGGAUUUUCGUCUCAGAACUAUGGAAAAGAGCGGUCUUUUGAGGAAAGCGAUGCAGGGCUGGGCGAGAAAUUCUGGAAAGGGGUUCAAUUCGCUCGCGAUAUUUUGCCGGGCGGAAGAUGGUGGAGGCUCUCUCCCGAGGAGGUGGAAGUUGAAAUGGUGGCGGAGCCUGUGACUGUUAUGCGGGCGCUUCAGAGGAUGUGGGAUUUGAUAGCUGAAGAUAGGUGGCUCAUAUUUUCGGCUUUUGCAGCACUUGUUGUCACUGCUUUAUCUGAGAUUUCAAUUCCACAUUUUCUGACGGCAUCAAUCUUUUCAGUGCAAAGUAGCAGUAUUCCAGUGUUCCACAGGAAUGUACGCAUCUUAGCUGUGCUAAGCAUUGUUGCAGGAGUUUGCAGUGGUCUGCGAGGUUGCUUCUUUGGCAUGGCAAAUAUGGUCCUGGUCACAAGAAUGAGAGAAAAACUAUACUCCAGUCUUCUUCUCCAGGAUAUCUCCUUUUUUGACUCAGAAACAGUUGGCGAUCUGACAAGUAGGCUCGGAGCAGAUUGUCAACAAGUGUCUCGUGUGAUUGGAAAUGACCUCAAUUUGAUACUACGUAAUCUUCUUCAGGGAACAGGUGCUCUGAUUUACUUAUUGGUUUUGUCAUGGCCACUUGGCUUAUGCACAUUGGCAAUCUGUUCUACCAUAUUAAUCUUAAUGCUAUUAUAUGGCCGGUACCAAAAGAAUGCAGCUAAGUUGAUUCAAGAGUACACCGCUUCUUCCAAUGAGGUUGCUCAAGAGACUCUUUCUCUAAUGAGGACUAUUCGUGCGUAUGGAACAGAGAAACUAGAACUCGAAAGAUACUCUCAGUGGUUGGGUAGUUUAGCUGAUAUAAGCUUGCGACAGAGUGCUGCAUAUGGAUUUUGGAGUUCUGGCUUCAAUACUCUCUAUCACUCAAUGCAGGUUAUUGCUGUCGUGAUAGGAGGAAUGUUCAUUCUAGCUGGUCAUAUAACAGCAGAGAAACUUACAAAGUUCAUCCUAUAUAGCGAAUGGCUUAUCUAUUCUGCAUGGUGGGCGGGGGACAGCGUGUCAUCACUAAUGCAGUCUGUUGGAGCAAGUGAAAAGGUUUUUCAUUUGAUGAAUCUUGAACCCAGCAGUCAAUUCAUUGCUAAAGGAUCAAAGUUAGGGAAAUUAUCAGGGCACAUACAAUUUGAGAAUGUUACCUUUCACUAUCCUACCAGGAUAACGAUACCAGUACUUCGAAAGGUUAACUUCACAGUGAAUCCAGGUGAAGUUUUAGCAAUUGUUGGUCUUAGUGGUAGUGGAAAAAGCACUUUGGUGAGCCUCCUCCUCCGCCUUUAUGAGCCAACAAGUGGCCAGGUACGGAUCGAUGGAUACCCUGUUAAAGAUCUGGACAUUAAAUGGUUGAGAGAGAGGAUUGGCUAUGUCGGGCAGGAACCUCGGCUUUUCCACACAGAUAUCAGCUCAAACAUAAGAUAUGGAUGCACACUGAAUAUUAGCCAGGAAGAUGUGGAAUGGGCAGCCAAGCAGGCCUCUGCUCAUGAUUUCAUUUUGGCUUUGCCCAAUGGUUACCAAACUCUUGUUGAUGAUGAGUUGCUAAGUGGAGGACAAAAACAAAGAAUUGCAAUCGCUAGGGCUCUUCUUCGAGAUCCAGAUGUUUUAAUCCUUGAUGAAGCAACCAGUGCUCUUGAUGCGGAGAGUGAACACAACAUUAAGGGCGUCCUUCGUGCAGUCAGAAGAGACUUGAAGACAAUGAGAACUGUAGUAGUAAUUGCGCACAGACUUUCUACAAUUCAAGCUGCAGACAGGAUAGUGGUCAUGGAUAGUGGAAGUAUUAUGGAAAUGGGCAACCACAGGGAGCUUCUUCACAGUGGUGGCUUGUAUGCGCGAUUAGCUCAACGACAGGCGGAUGCUGUGGCAUGAAGUAAAGAGCCUUGUUGACCGGAAUUUCUGAAUUGCCAGAUUGGUUUACAACCAUUUGUAUAUAUGCAUGACAGGGAACGUAUAUAGUAUAUCUGUAUAUGUAUGGUUAGUGGAGAAAGAAGAAAACAUCUUGGAUGACUGAUUUUAGCUGAAGAGUUUGUGGUUUCCACCUUCUGUACUAUGGUUCAAUUGGGAUCAGCUUCUUAUGUCAAUUUAUAAUUGAUAAACCGCUUUCGCGUUGUUGUAUUCUGGUUCAACAGAGUUUAACCUUUCCGGGUGGUCCUUAAGUAUCGUGUCU